UGACGUCAUUGCUGCGCGACCCACACAUGUGUAGCUAGCGUGAGUUCGAGGAAGGCAGCUUGUGGAAUAAUAUGGGGGAGCCGAAUGUGACCGAGACGACGGCGAAGAAGACGAAGCAGCAGCUGUUUAACAACAGGAACGACCCGGUGAAGAACUUCGAGAGGUGGAAGAAGAAAUAUACCAAGAAGAAGGAGAAAUGCAAGGCCCAGAGGAAGCAGAACAGGAAGCCCGAGUGGCAGGUAGAGAGGGAGACCAUCAACCGUCUGGUGGAGCGCUAUACAGAGAUCAACGCAAAUGAAAUAGUUAGAUUCUCCGAUUUCCCCUUGUCAAGAAAGACGCUCAGAGGUUUGAUGGAAGGCCAGUACCGCUUGGCUACAGAGAUACAGAAGCAGACCAUAGGGUUGGCCUUGCAAGGGAAGGAUGUUCUUGGAGCUGCAAAAACUGGGUCUGGAAAAACACUGGCUUUCCUAAUUCCAGCCCUUGAGAGCUUGUACCGCCAGCAGUGGACAGCAGAGGAUGGUUUGGGGGUCUUGAUCAUAUCUCCCACCCGUGAACUGGCUUAUCAGACCUUCGAGGUCCUGCGAAAGAUUGGAAGGAAUCAUGAAUUCUCUGCUGGACUCGUCAUUGGUGGAAAGGAUCUGAAGCAGGAAUCUGCUUGCAUCCACCGCACAAAUAUACUGAUUUGUACCCCUGGCCGGCUUCUGCAACACAUGGACGAGACUUCCUUCUUUCAUGCGUCCAACCUCCAGAUGCUCGUGCUUGAUGAGGCAGAUCGGAUCCUUGACUUGGGAUUUACCGAUACCAUGAAUGCGAUUGUUGAAAACCUACCGAAGAAACGGCAAACCCUUCUGUUCUCUGCUACGCAGACAAAAUCGGUGAAAGAUCUUGCACGCCUGAGCUUGAAAGACCCAGAAUACGUUUGGGUUCAUGAAAAGGCAAAGUUCAGUACUCCUGCGACGUUGGAGCAGAACUUUGUAGUCUGUGAUCUGCCUCAGAAAAUAAAUUUGUUAUAUUCCUUUGUGAGGAACCACCUGAAGAAAAAGAGCAUUGUGUUUUUUGCCAGCUGCAAAGAGGUCCAGUAUUUGUUUCGUGCGUUCUGCAGACUCCGGCCUGGUAUCCCCGUCCUCGCGCUGCACGGUAAGCAGCAGCAGAUGAAGAGAAUGGAGGUAUACAACGAUUUCGUGAGAAAAAAAGCGGCUGUCCUCUUCGCUACAGACAUUGCAGCCAGAGGACUCGAUUUCCCGGCAGUCAAUUGGGUUCUGCAGCUUGAUUGCCCAGAAGACGCAAACACUUACAUUCACAGAGUCGGGAGGACAGCCAGGUACAAGGAGGGCGGAGAGGCUCUGCUGGUCCUCCUUCCGUCUGAAAAGAAAGGGAUGGUGCAGCAACUGGAGGGGAAAAAGGUUCCUAUUAAUGAAAUCAAGAUUAACCCUGAAAAACUUUCCGAUGUUCAAAACCGUCUGCAAGCGUUUCUGGCACAAGAGCAAGAGAUGAAGGAACGAGCUCAGAGGUGCUUUGUAUCUUACUUGCGCUCUGUCUAUUUGAUGAAGAAUAAAGAGGUGUUUGACGUCUUUAAGUUGCCGCUCGCCGACUAUGCUCAGUCCUUGGGUCUUGCGGUUGCUCCAAGGGUUCGUUUUCUAAACAAAGCCCGAGAUGCUCAAACAAAUCUUACUAAGAAAGAAGACGAGGCGGAAGAGCCCAGCACUGUCAGCGAUGACGACAUUGAGGCGUUCAAAUCCCAGCUUGGCAGCAAGGAAUCCGACCGUCAAGGCACAGAGGGUGGACAAACGUUGGAUGCCUCCGCACAAGGCAGUGACGCGCUCGAGCAGUCUGACGAUGAGGAACUCUCAAAGAACAUGGGAAAAGCCACAUUGCAUUUUAUGGACGAGGACGACGAGGAUGAGGACUGUCGAGAUCUUGACAUCUUUACCGUAAAAAGAAGAGAUGUUUUUGGAGUUGAAGAAGAGGACUCUACUUUGGAAACCACAAUAACCAAAUCCAAGCUUAAGAAAACCGAGAAACUGACUAAAGCAAAGGAUGCCAAAAAAGCUUUGAAGAAGAAUCUUAAAGUGAACACAAAGAUUGUUUUUGCGGAUGAUGGAGAGAUGAUCCAGCAGUGGCCACAAGUGCAAAAGACUGCCGUAAACGAUACAGAGGAGGAUGAGGACCAGAGUGGCAUAAACCUGGCCAAGGCCAAGGAGCUCCUCAACGAGGAAGAUAAGUUUGACAAGGAGGCCUACAGGAAAAAAAUUAAGGAGAAACACAGGGAAAGGAGGCUGAAGGAGAAGGCAGCAAGGAGAGCAGCCAGCAAAAAAGUAGAGGGGGAAGAGGAAGCUGUGGCUUAUCUCGAUCAUGACAGCGGUGAUGAGGUAGACCUCAGUGCCCUGCCCGACCCCGACAAAUAUAAAGAUCUGGAUGAAAAUGAAGAUGGAUCCACACAGGAAAACAGCAGUGACAAUGACGUGAAGCCGUCAAGAAAAAGAACUUACAGCAGCUCAGAAGAAACGCCUUCUGAGACUACUUCAGCCAAAAAGAAGACGAAGAAGAAGAAGAAUGCCAAACAAAGCCCAGAUGACUCUUUUGCGCCGUUAAACACUGGACUUUCGCUGAGAGAGGAUGAAGAGCUGGUACUGCAUCUUUUAAGUGGCAAAAGCUAAUUAUUUAGCCUCUCCGGAUUAUUCUAGGUCGCCUCCAACGUUAAGUCAACAGCUUCUGUAAAAUCAAUUUGGCACCGAAGCCGUUGGUUCACGGGGACACUGAAAAAUGAGUUUGGGGAUUUAGUCUCGAGCACAUGCCGGGAUCAUAUAAAUAAAAUAUCAUUGUAUUUCUUCCUCCACUUUAUAUUUUAUCGUUUUUCAGUGACAGAUAAGUUUUGUCGCAAUUAUAAAAUAUGUACCAGAAAUCUCACUUAUCGGAGCUAAUGAUACAAACUGCUGUCCUGAUUACAUGAAGUGACCUGAAAGUGAAAACCGUGGAAAUAUG